UAAAAAUAGGAGGAGUCAUCAGCUUGACGAACCGGCUGGGAGAGCGAUUGCAGAAGCGAGCAACGAAAGAGGCUGUCAACUCGGCUCUGAGGACUGUCAGAUAGAGAGAGAGAGAGAGAGAGAUAGAGAGAGAGAGAGAGUGAGAUUAGGAGAGCCAGAGCGCGGAUCCCCGCUCCAGAUGGUGUCUCCUUAAGCGCAGACGGACGGCGGCAGAACGGAGAGAAGCGGGAGGGCAGCUCAGGAUCAAGCAGCCCCUGUCUGUAACGUUGUAGCGCGACUUGCACUGAGGUCCAGUGCGCCGUCCGCAUCUCACUCUUCUUUAACAAGCUUUUCGCUUCGGAGACUAAGGAGCAUCCUGUAAUCAAUACGCCCUUCUUCUGUCAGGACGUGCCAAGGGGACUGGCGGGUACUGAAGGACUUCUGUCGGAAAGGUGGACGGUGAAGUGGCUAUUUUGGUUUUGUCUAUUGUUCAGAAGUGUCGACUGGAGGCUUCUAGUCUCAAGUGCCCACUUGCAGCCUGGAACCUCGAGGGGUGUUCUUCAAACAGCUGUAUCGGUUCCGAUCCAGUUAGAGGUAUUUGUGUUACCUGACAGACGUCGGACGCAGACUGCUUUCGGCUACAUGAAGUAAGCGAAAGUGUCAGUGCCGUAACAACGAACGCAUUGUUCACAAUGAAUGUGAACUAAUUUCGGCAAUUGCGAGAAUCAUUCAUUACAAUUCCAGUUUUUUGGAAGGCCUGUGCAUGACACUUACUACAGUUCGAGAUUUUGGAAAGUGACAUCCGAUGCUGGAGGAAGAUGAGGCAUCGGAAUAAAGAUAAGAUUUAGGGGGAACGAUUUAAAAGCGCACUUAUCAAAACUGAACAGACAAGAAAUAACACAUGUCCAUCACCACAAGAUACAGAUAAAAACGGAAGGAAAACCAAAGACUGAUAAUACGAAAUAAAGAAACAUAUCAGAGUUAAAGCUUUCUUUGAAAUAAAAUUGUCUUUUGAACUGUAAGAAACUGGGAACUGAAUUACCUCAAAUUUUAUUUACCGAAACGUCAUCGUCGCUUUAAAUCCAAAGGAGUCGUUUUUUUAUUUUUUUUAUUUAGUUUUGAAAACAUUGUUUUAGAAUCAAUGGAAGGAUUUUUAAAGUAUUUUCGUCUAGCAGCAGGGCGUUGAAAUAGCCCAAGUUGGCAUCAAACUAAAGAUCAUAUGUGGCAGUUGUUUUCCCGUAAUUUUCAGCAAAAGUGAACACGGAUUUGUGGUUUUUGUUCUGUUUUGUGGAUUACUCUCACUGUAGUUACCUCAGUUCGACCUCAGCCUCCACAAGAUAGCAAAGCACAGGUUGGAACGAUGCCAGAUUCACCUGCUGAUGUCAAAGCCCAGCCCAGGUCAACUCCACCCACCAUGCCGCCACCUCCCCCAGCUGUCACACAGGCAACGAAUCGUAACACCUCUUUCACACCUACCACAAUGCUAAAUGGAAGCAGCCACUCCCCAACAGCCCUCAAUGGUGCCCCUUCCACACCAAAUGGUUUCAGUAAUGGCCCUGCCAUGUCAUCGACAGCCUCUCUGUCCAAUCAGCAGCUCCCACCAGCUUGUGGCGCCAGACAGCUCUGCAAACUAAAGCGCUUCCUCACUACGCUGCAGCAGUUCGGCAAUGACAUCUCCCCUGAGAUUGGUGAACGAGUCCGCAGCUUGGUCUUAGGCCUAGUGAACUCCACACUAACUAUUGAAGAGUUUCAUUCAAAGUUACAGGAGGCCACCAAUUUUCCUCUGCGGCCCUUUGUUAUCCCUUUCCUCAAGGCAAACCUGCCACUGCUCCAGCGUGAACUUCUGCACUGUGCCCGGCUUUCAAAGCAAACCCCAGCUCAGUACUUGGCUCAGCAUGAGCAACUGCUGUUGGAUGCCAAUGUCAGCUCUCCACUGGAUUCCUCCGAAAUGUUGCUGGAAAUUAACGAGCACGGCAAGAGGAGGACACCUGACAGGACCAAAGAGAACGGGUCAGAGCGAGACCCCCUGCACUCAGAGCACCUCCCGAAGAGACCGUGUACAGUGAGCCCCAGCCAGCGAUACAGCCCAAGCAAUGGGGUCCCUCCUCAUGCUCCACCCAAUGGGAUGCCUUCCCACCCUCCAAAUGGCCUGGCACACCCCACACCCCCACCUCCACAACACUACCGCUUGGAGGACAUGGCACUGGCACAUCACUACCGCGAUACAUAUCGGCAUUCAGAACACCGGGACAUUCGGGAGAGACAUCGACAAGUGGCCAUGCAUGCUGCUCGCCAGGAAGAAGUAAUUGAUCAUCGUUUGACGGAUCGGGAAUGGGCAGAAGAAUGGAAGCAUCUUGAUAAUUUACUGAACUGUAUCAUGGACAUGGUUGAAAAAACAAGACGGUCUCUCACAGUACUUCGGCGAUGCCAAGAAGCAGACCGUGAAGAAAUGAAUCACUGGAUAAGACGUUACAGUGAUGCAGAAGAUAUGAAAAAAGGUGGGAGCUCCACCCAGCGUCCUCCUCCUCCUCUUCCUCCUCACAACUCCUCCUCUUCCUCUUCCUCGAACACCAACAGUUCCUCUAACACCUCCGAGGCACAGCCGCUAGAGAUUCACCGUGAUUUUUUGCACAGACCGCCAUCAGGAUACAUGCCUGAAGAAAUCUGGAGAAAAGCAGGUAAUGCAAGCAUCCCUCUGUCACCAGCAAUAAAACAGAUGCAAAGCAAACAGGAAGAGGCUGUGAAUGAAGUGAAGCGACAGGCUAUGUCAGAGUUGCAGAAGGCUGUGUCAGAUGCGGAGCGCAAAGCCCAUGAGAUGAUAUCUGCGGAGAGGUCCAAGAUGGAACGAGCACUAGCUGAAGCUAAAAGACAAGCCUCAGAGGAUGCACUAACAGUUAUUAACCAGCAGGAAGACUCAAGCGAGAGCUGCUGGAACUGUGGACGCAAAGCAAGUGAAACCUGCAGUGGCUGUAACACUGCACGUUACUGUGGCUCAUUUUGUCAACACAAGGAUUGGGAAAAGCAUCAUCACGUUUGUGGGCAAGGGCUGCCAGGGGGCAGCAACGUUCCUCUAGGCACUUCCACCUCCUCUUCAGCACCCCCAACUCACUCUGAAAUAGUGACAUCUGCACCACCUGUGGUAACAGGGACAGCCCAGAAUGGUGGCGGAAGCAGCAGCAGCACAGUAGGCAGUCCAAAAGAAGUAAGCUCCAGCAAUGCCUCUAGGUCCACCACCCCUGCCACACCUGUUUUGCUUGACAAUGCCUCUCGCUAACCACUGUAGGCAUCAACAUCAGCACCAUAGCCGGGAUCCCACUGCUGCUACCAAUUUCGUAUUCCAAAAGAAAAGGAAGAAUACUUGCUGCAAAAAUUUAAACUAGUGCUACUUGUAUUCUUAGCUACCUGAAGACUACGUCCUGACCUCUCAGUCUCCAGCUGCCCUAGAUCCUGGUCACAUUCAAGCUUUCUCCUACCCCCUAGACAGGCAUCCAUUCAUGUGUACAAACAGGGCUUAUUUUACCAGAAGCCAAAGCAGGCAAUAAGAGUCAUUGCUAAAAAAAAAGAAGCAUUUUAGGAAUGUAAAUCAAAUUGAAUUAACAUUAUUUUAAUGUGUGCUGCAUUUCCAACACUGAUGAUAUCCAAAAGCUAUAAAAAGUGCUUACGAUCAGUUAAAAAAAAAAAACAAGACCUAAUCAUCCUUAAUGCAACAGUAAAAACAGCUAUCUGUUUUAACAACAUUAAAGUAACUCAUUAUUAAGUACUAUGGAAAGCUUGCAUUUUGGCCGUCAACUUAAUGCUGUUUUUACUGUCACACAUUGUGCAGCAAUUAAUAAGAAAAAAGGCAGCUUUGAAUAACUGCAUGUUUAUGGAUUGUAGGCUGUAAAAUAAGCCCAGUUUACACAAGAUAAAUCAGGAGUGGCAGAAUAUCUACCAUUUCUUGCUUUUGCCAAUUCAACAGGGUGGAUGCUUAACGCCACCUUGUGGAACUUUACUUAUACUGCACACUCCAUUGUUGAGAUUGUUAUAAGAAGGCAUGAAUAUUCUGCCAGUGCCUACCUGUCAACCAGUCUACUUUAUAUUAUGGAUACAAUAGAUGCAGAUUUCAAUCAUGUGCUUCUCUACACAAACAAAAUUUAUUAGCUACUGACCAGGUUCUUGUUGGGGUUCCCAGUCUUGCAUGGAGAAUUAAAGCAGCACACUUGAAAGCUCCUUAAACUCAAGAGGAACUGUGAGCUUCAAGAGAAACAUUUCUAAACUGGUGCAUUUACUUCAAGAACUGCCACUAACGUUAAAAUGAAGAUAAACUGUCUCUAUAGAAGAAAAACACACAAAAAGGAUUUACUUUUUAUUGUUUUAUCUUUUUGGCUUUAAUAACAAACAAGAAGAAAUCCAAAAAUGAUAAAGGAAGAUCACCCGUUAACUACCUUGCUAGCUAGCCAAGAAAUCUAUGCCGGACUCACCUCUCUGCUCUGAUGUGAAUCCAAAUAAAAUUUUAAAAACAUAAUCCAAACCUUUCUAUUAUUGUUACACUGCCAAAGUUACUAAGAAAAAAGGAGCAGCAUUCAACUUCUUACCAAACACAGUUUGUCAACAGCUUAGUCAACCCAGAGAGAAACAGGCUUUAGAGGACAAGUGAGAAAACCAACAAAAGGAAUAAAAAUAAAAUGCAAACUAAGAUGUGUUAUACUGAGAUAAAAUUCCACAAUGAAGGGAUCGUAAGUUAUAAACACUUCUAAUGUUUUUUAAACAAAACUAAAGGAAAAAAGAUGUUGAAAGGCAGAGACUUUUGGAAAUGGGAAUAUGGUGGGAAAAGGUACUUGACUUUCAGAAAUGAACAUUUCUAUUUGCUUUUUUCUUCGUUUGAUUUUUUUAAAAAGAAGAAAAUGGAAAAAAUACAAAGAUUGGUUUAAUAAUUCUCAGUGGAUGGAAGGAAGAUCUGAGAAAGCUUUGUACAAUAUAACUGCUCUUAUGAAGUUAUUUUAAUGCCAUUUAAAAACAUACACAUUUCAACAGGACAAUCCAAAGGGCACCUGCCUUUACAAUUCCCCUUUUCUUCCAAAGCAUGAAAUGUCUAAAAAUGUAUACAGUACAUUAUCAUUCUCUGUCUCACCACCCCCCAUCCUCUUUUUCUCAUUUGCUGCCUACCUCUCCUUCUCUCCUUACUUGUUUGUCUUCUGUCAUACUUCUCCUAAAUAAAAUCAUCCCUCCUAGAAAAGACCUCUGGGUGAAAAAAAGAGAUGAGGACGUUUCUAACGAGUAACAUUUUUUAAGUGCAUAUUGUUUGUGAUGUUUGCUGUUGUUGCCCAAGUAAGGUUAAAAAACAAAACAAAACUCUAAAGGUAGCAAAAAAAACACUUUUUUUCAGUAGAUUCGGGUUGAAGUUACUAUAAGAAAGGGAAACUAACUCAGUUCAACCUCUUGUAUCUGUUCUUGAACAUAAUUGAAGAAUCUAAUGUAAAAUAUUUUGUAUUGUGAGGACAGAGGUGCAAUAUGGGAUAAACAAAAUUCAGCUACUGAAUGGAUCCUCGGUUUACGAGUAAGUGUGCAUGUGUGUGAAUAUAUACAUAUAUACACAUACAUGUAUGUAUGUACAUAUAUACAGUAUAUAUGUGUGUGUACUGUAUACUUGUAUAUACUCACACCUACAUACACAGCAAUUAAUGUGAAUGUAUAUAGUAUUUAAAGAUUUCAAAAGUUUUUGCCAAAUAAUUGAAAAAUUUUUAAGUACACAGUUUAGAAAAAUGUUAUUUUUUCUGACCUUUUUUCAUGUAUUUAAAUGUAAACUCAUUCAGAAGCUCAGUUUUUUCACAUUUGCCAAUUCUGUUGCAUUUGUAAAUUAAAAGGCAAAAAUUACUCCUUGUAAAACAAAACACUUAGUACCCAGUCCUUAAACUGCAAAAGUAGUGUGCUAUGUUAGAAACAUUUCUGCCCUUACUAGUAAGAUACACAUUUUAUGUGCCACAUGUACAGUAUGUCCCUAAAUCUUGUUUUUGUUCUGCAUUAAACUAAACUGAAAGCUUUAGACCUUUGGCUUUUUCUAGCAUAUACCAGGUAAACUGCAGAAAAUUAGGGCUAAUGUAGUAAUAAGAAAACAAAAGAAUGUCCUGUGUCAACAUUUGUAGCAUUUAAUGAUAAAUGCCAAGGCAGAAAGAGUGAUGUCUGAGACAGAUGCUGUCCCAAAUAGCCAUUACUGCUUUUGGCUUAAAGUUUUAUGCAUUUUCUGACUUGAUGGCAGCUGAUUCACACAUACACAUAAACACACUCAGCCAUAACUAUAUAGUUCAUAUACUGCUCCCCUCACAAAUAUAUUAAAAUCAACUCUUGAAGCCACAGACAAACAAGGAAUUAUGAUUCAAUCUGUUUGCAAGAACAGUUUUUGGUGCUCAGUAGUAUAGAUAAGAUAUAAAUGUGUAACAUGAUACAAUUUGUUCACCAAAUGGAUAAAUAGCUGAUAAGAACACGAUGACAGCUGCAUAAGAAUUUAAGUUUGAUCGAUGUUUCUCUAGUAGAACACUUUUCCACAGGGCAUAAUAUAAAAAAGAUUCCAAUACUGGUAACUAUGCCAAGGAAGCAAGACCUGAAGUGUGUGGCCUGAUUUUAAGAGACUUAAAUAAUAAGUUGAUCUUACUCUCAAAUUUCACUUUAUUACUCUAAACUAACAUACAUUAAUUUAAUGUGAUCAUUCAUAACAUGGAUAUAGAUAAAAGAUGUGCAAACUGAAACCAUUUCAGUCAAUGUUUAAAAAGCUUUAUGUGCAAAGCUACUGAAUUUAAGAAGCUGGACAAAUGCCAGCUGUGCUUAAUAUACCGCCACUGCCAUGCAAAUAGUGAAAAAGUAAACCUGGUCAUAUACAGUACCUAGUGGACCAAACUGCAAUAUCUGCAACUUAUUUUCCUUCUUGUUUAUUUUAGUUUCCCAGACGCUCUACUCAUUUUAGGAAGCCAAUCCAAUUGGAAGUAAUGUACAAAAAUUGGAAAACUAAAGACAUGGAUAUUAAUUUAACAAUAAUCCAAUUAAGCAUUGUUAGGGUAUACAGCAGUUUUAAUUAUUCAUCAUGUUACAUAUGUAUAGUGUUUAUUUUUCAUAUUUCAUGAAGUAAUAUAUAUGAGUAUUUUGAACGUGAAUAACUGCAGGGUACCCUGUUUUUCGGAAUUUUUUCAAUGUACAUCUAUUUAUAUAUAGCGUGCGCAUCAAUAUAGUAUGUAUACUAUAUGUAUGUUGUAGUAAUACAUAUAGAAUCUGUAUAUACACAUAAGAAUGUGUGUGCAUGUGUGUUUAUAUAUAUUACAGUAUAUUAAUACAUACUGUAUAUACACAAAUAAACAUACAAACACAUUAUAUGUAUAUACAGAAUGGCAUACUUGUGUGCAUAUGUAUAUAAUGUAUAUGCUUUGUAUAUAAAUCUAUGUAUGGAUAGGGUGAGCAAGGAGACUCAGCUCUCUCAGUCUAUGCAUAUGUGCGUGUGUCUUGUCAACUUCUCCAGCAGUGUUACUCGUUCUUAGUUCUUUCAUCUGAUUUCAGAAGGCUGUGCUAUUGAUCACUCUACCUCUGAAUCAAGCCAGUAACAUCUCCUAGAAGAUAAUUCAGUAAACCAAACCACAGGGCUGCACUAGUCCGACAUUUCUAGGAGACAUGCACAGCUGCAACAGAAACCAUCAAAUGAGCAACACACCUACAGACUUCAGGGAUGGCACCUCUUUGCUUUAUCCUAAAUGACAAGUAGGAAAGGAGUAACCUUGUGGUAUAAUGAACAUGAGCUGUACUCCAAAUGGGGAGGUGGUCAUUGUUUUGUAUUUAUUUAUUUAUUUUUGCUUUCUUAUUUUGUUUUAUUUUCCUGUGCAUCUCACUGUAAAAUGUAUCAAUGUGUAGCACAUUAUGAAGUGUAAUGUUUGAACCUUAUUUGGACACCCAAAGAAAACAAACAGAUGUUUGGACUUGUGUGUCUUUGCUCAGUCCAAUUAAGACUAUUACAUAACUAAAGCACUUAAAAUAGGAGUUGUGUGACUGGUUUCCCUUGGUGUAGUCAUAUAUGAAAUGUGUGUGAUGUAAGCGAACAUAGCUUAUUAUUAAUAUGACAUAUUAACCUUUUUCUCUCCAAACACAGUUUUCCUUUUCAUUUUUGCUUUAAAUAUCACUUAUAAAUGACUCCUGCAACUUUGGAAGUCUUAGAAUUCAUUAUAAUUAAUUUCUUGUAAACGGAAGAUGACAACUAUUUUACAAUUAAAUGAACGAUAAUUCUCCAUAGUAAAAUAUAAGUAAAAGAUGAUCCCAGAAUUGUUCUUAGUACUGAUGUGCAGAGCUUGCUGACUUUUACCUCCUAUAUAUCUUUCUAUGUAAUUUUAAUUAAGAACAACCAGUUCACAAAUCCAAAAUACUCUUAGGGCUUUGCACACCACACACAUUUUUAAGUAUAUGCUUUAACCCUUACCUUGGCAUGUAUCAUCCAAAAUAAAUAAAGCACACACCAAAGCGUUACUGAAUGGCUUUAUAUCAGACCAGUUAUACAUUUCUGGCACAAGGAGAUAAGCAAAAAGUGAGCUCUUCAACUUUGUGUCUGUCUCACUAUACAGUACUUUGAAACCAAAGGAACUACUACAGAAGCAUAAUGAGAGUGCACACACACAGACAAACACACUCAGAAACACAAAUGAAAACAACGUAGCAACAAAAUGCCACAGUACAAGAGAGAGAAAGGUUGGGAGCAUGCACUGAUACAGCACGUUUCUGCACACGUAUUGCAACAAAAUGCAUUGAGCUGCUUGGAUUAUAGACUAAAUAUCUGAACUCAGUGAAGUUUUAUUCUGGUCUGUUUAUAUAUUAACAACUUUGUAAAAUAAACUACAUAAAUGAAUAACUAGGCCUUUGGAAGGGUUAAAUAUCACUACUUUUUUGUAUGUUAAUUUAAUUUUUCAUUUUGAUCAAAAAUACAGCAUCCCAAGUGAUAUGGAUGCAGUGAACUAAAAUCUGCAAUUUUUUGUGCUGUACUUUAUUCACAGCAAAAGCAGACUAUUUUAUAUAGCAAUUUUCCCAUAAUAAAAUAACAUCACAUUACAGUAUGCUGUAAAUGUAUAAAACAACUUUUCCAUUUUUCUACAGUUGAAGCUUUUGCAAUUGAUUUGUGUCAUUCAGGAACAGACGUUAAGUCAGUGGAGGGGAUUGACCAUACAGCUUUGUGACUUACAGUAAUGUUUUAGCCACUUGGACAUACUUAUUUUCUGAGAAUGGUUUCUAUUGCUUAACAUCUAUUUUCUGGUCCUGCUUUUUAUAUUGCAGGAUUGCACGAACCCUGAGUCAGUUCCUAUAGGGCUAGGCACAAGACAAUACUACCAGCCUAGGUCCAUCACAUGGCAUUGUUUUCACACAAUCAGCUCUCAUAUACUGGGCAAAUACAGAGACACCAAUUAACCUAAUCAGCAUGUCUUUAAGAAUGGGGAAGGAAAAGGCAGAAAAGUCACAAGAUCAUGGGGAGAAUGUGCAAACUCCACACAAUGACUGAGUCAGAUACUAAAACCAAGUUGCCUAAUGCUACAUAAAUAAUGAGUGACAGGUAAUAAAAACAUUGGGCAAGAAAAAACAAUGAAACUUGCAUAUUAGUAAACCACAGGCACCUAAUCAAUUGUUCAGCUUAAAAGGCAGAUCUGCAGUUUGUGCAGCCAUGGAAAAAGAGUUCCUUGAAUCACUUACAUAAGAGGAAGAACUUAUGUAACAAUUUGAACUAGGCAAGGUCUCUGGGUCUGUUAGCGUAAUGUUAAUGUUUGUAACAGAAUAAAAACUAAAAUACUUUGUCUCCAUAAAAAUAUGACAAUAUUUAGAAUAAAACAUAAUUUAGGCCUAUUUUGUAAAUCUCGUUGGGUGUCUAGGAUAGACAUAUACACCUUUUGCUUCUGUUUUAAAUGAAGUCAUUUAACCAUAAAACCAAAUUAAACUGAGCAGCUGAUGAGCAGAAAAAGAUUGGCAUUUGUUUUUGUCACAUGGCUCAACCAACAACUCAAAAAUGGUCAGAGAAACUUACUCUUGAUUUUAAAAAUAUAUUCAGGCAUUUUAAGCAGCAAUUGGAGGAAUAGGGGGUGGUGAUUAUUUUUUUUCCCCACACACGCACAUAUGUAUCUAUACAUUGUUUUGUAAGUGAUUAUCUUCAGAGUUUAAUACUGUAGCCCUUUUUGGUUUUUUUUUCUUUAAAUUUUAUAAUUAGGGAACAUUAAAAAGUAUGUUUUUAAUAUAUACUGUAUUGCUUAAGUAACCAGUAAUAAGGAAUGUUAUCAGGAAAAAUAGCUUUUCCUCACUGCUCUGCUAAUUUUUAAAUAUUCUCCUUUUGUACAAAACUGAACGGACAUACAAAAUACUGAGCAUUGCUACUUUUUCCAAGCCCAUUCCUAUCCUUUACCUGUCAUGUAGUAAACACAAAUGAGAAUUGCAUCCAAUUCUUAGGUUGUUUUUUUUUCUGCAGCCCACUGCAGGAGAGUUAUACUGAGGUCUUGCUAAUUUUCAUGUUUUAGUAAAGCAAAAACAGCACUUUGCAUGAGUUUUUAUCCCCAUUUUUUGUUAGCACUGGGCACAGUGAAAAUUCUGAAGAGGCUUCAUAAAAGUUAAUUCAGGAGCUUAAUCAAAGCCAUUUUUGGAAGGCUUUUUUCCAUUAAAAAAUGAGAAGGUUUAAGUGGUUCUCUGUAGGGAUGCAUUUUAUACUGUUCUGUGCAAUACCGAAUACCAGAAAAAAUUAUAUAUUAUUGACUUUGUAUAGGAAGACUGAUGUUUUGAAGACAUGAAUUUUUUGUUUGUUCCUUUAAAAGGUUCCGUGAUUAUUCUAGAAAAGUGAACUGUGCAGGGAUUUUUUUUUCUUUUUGCUUUUUUUUUGCAUGCUUUUCCCUUUUGUGCUGUUUCUCUCUAAUUGUGCGCAAUGUUGGACAUGUGAAGCUGUAAACAUUCUAAUUCAGGUUAUUGUCUGUGUUGAGCUCUGUAUCUGUGUAAUUAAACAAAAAAAUGAACAUCA